UCCAAAGCCAUCUUUGCAUUGUUCCUGCCUCGGCCAGGGGCUGCCGGAUUAUUAUUAUUUUUUUUGCACUGCGAGUCCCCCUCGCCGCUUCUUCUUUUUUUCGCCGCGGUGCGCGCCGUCGGAGCCGUCUGCUUUGGGAGCUGAUAUAUAUAUAUAUAUAUAUUUGCAGCCUUGUUUUUUUCCUCUCCCCCCCGGCCUUUCCACCUCCAGCGACCCGCCGCCCCCAGCCAUGUCAGACACGGUCGUGGAUACCAGCUCCGAGAUCUCCACCAAGGACUUGAAAGAGAAGAAGGAAGUGGUGGAAGAGACGGAAAACGGCAGAGAUGCACCGGCCAACGGUAACGCGGAGAACGAGGAAAACGGGGAGCAGGAAGCAGACAACGAGGUAGACGAAGAGGAAGAUGAAGUUGGCGACGACGAGGAGGACGAGGAAGAAGGUGACGGGGAAGAAGAAGACGGCGAUGAAGAUGACGAAGCGGAGGGCGCCACAGGCAAGCGGGCAGCUGAGGACGACGAGGACGACGAUGUCGACCCCAAGAAGCAGAAAACCGACGAAGACGAUUAGGAAGCAGAGUCGGAAAGGAAGCGGCAGUUUUUUUAAAACUUAAAAAAAGAGGAAAAUUUUUUAAAAGGCCAGCGUGACCUACUAUACCCUGGAAAUUUCCCGUUGCAGAUACGCUUCGCCCCCCCUCCCCCUCUUGCUGUGGUCACUUGUCACCAAGUAGAGUGUCAAAGCCGUGCGGCAAACCAGCAAGCCGCCAAUCUACACCCACCCACCCCACCCCUCUUGGGAAGUGGGGAGGAAAGUAAAAUUCUCCCCCCGACACAUUGCCACCAGGGUGGGGGAGGAGCAGACACCCCGUCCCCCCUUUUCUCCCCCCCCCAGCACCGAAAACUUCAAGGCCCCUCCUUGCUUUCUUAAAAGUAACUUUAAAAGGAGAAUUUGUUUGUAUUUUUUAUUUACAUUUUAUAUUUUUGUACAUAUUGUGACGAGGUCAGCCAUUUUUAAAACGCGAUCUCCAAUUGACCAAAAGGGGGGCUUUGAAGUCAAGUGUGUGUUUUCGGUUUGUUUUGCUUCCCCCACCCCCGUUCCUAAAAUGGAAAAAAAAGAAUUUCUUUUUUUCUCAAACUUUACUUGUGGUGUGACCAUGUCCAAAAACGAUUAUCUCAAAGGAGAACAGGAAAAAAACCUUGUACAAAAAAAAAAAUUUGAAAAUGCAAAAAAAAAAGUCCAAUCUUCAUUCUGAGCAUUCCAGUAACUCUUUUUUGUGUAUGUACUUUUAGCUGUACCAUAAGUAGUUGGUUUGUAUGAGAUGGCCAAAGAUAAAAAGGGUUUUUCUUUUUUUUUCCUUUUUGUUCUUUUUUUUUUGUCUAUGGAGUUGCUGUUAAUUUUUUUUUUUUUUGGCCUGUUUGAUGUAUGUGUGAAAAACAAUGUUGUCCAACAAUAAACCGGAAUUUUAUUUUGCUGAGUUGUUCUAACGAAGCUGGUUGCACAAUUGUUGUGUAGUUCUUGUGCUUUUUUUUUUUUGCCCCCUCCCCCCUUAUAAACAAGUGAAACCCUUCCAUCUUGAGGCGGAGCCCUGUGCUGUUGAAUUCAACAUCGCUGGCUCUGAUUGGCGGAGCCCCUGCUCUACAGAGCUCAGUACCGCCUGCCCCGAUUGGCGGAGCCCUGCUCCACUGACCUCAGUGUCACCCAUUCUGAUUGGCAGCCCAUCUUCUGGGUCUCAGAUAAACUGAGAUGUCUUCCUAGAUGUGUGCUAGCUUUUGGGGAGGGCGCC